CUAUGUACAAAAGGAAUCUGAUCUUAACGGAGCCUGCAUCAGACUUCGAGAAUUUCAAGCAGCCCUUAAUUCUAAAGAAGCUGCACUGGCCACAGCCCUUUGUGAUAAGAGAAUUCUGGAGGAAGCAAUUGAGGAUUUAAAAGAUCGAAUUGUACAGCUUGAAAUUUCUUUAAAUUGCGCCAAGGAACAAAUUGUACAUGAAACACUACUGAAAGUGGAUCUUGAAAACCGUUGUCAAACUCUCACCGAGGACUUGGAAUUCCGUAAAAAUAUGCAUGAGAAGGAAAUCAAUGAAGCAAGGAAGAAACAUGAAAAUCUCUUAGUUGAGAUUGAAUCUGGACAUCAAAUGGAAUAUGAACAUAAACUGGCCCAAGCCUUACAUGAAAUGAGAGAGAAGCAUGAUAACCAAGUGAUGAUGUACAUUGGAGAACUUAAACAGACUUACCAUACCAAACUUAAGAAUGCUAAACUCUCCUCUGAGAUAAGUGAUUUUGCAGCCAACUCAGUAAGAGAAGAACUGAAUGAAAGUCGUGUACGAAUUAAUGAUCUGUCUUCCCUCCUCACCGGCAUGCAAAAAGAGUGUAAAACAUGGCAAGAUAAAGUGCAAAAGCUUGAGGAAGACUUGGCCAAGGAGCGGGAAAACUCUCGCAAAAUGCUUUCUGAGAAAGAGAAAGAAAUGGCAGAGAUAAGACAACAGAUGCAGAAGCAGCUGAAUGACUAUGAACAACUUCUGGAUGUUAAACUAGCACUUGAUAUGGAAAUCGAUGCAUACCGGAAAUUGCUGGAGAGUGAAGAGGAGAGGUUGGAACUUUCUCCUAUCCAAUUCUCCCAAGUGACAGUUUCACAGGCUUCAUCGAGCCAUAGUGUGCAUACAACCAGAAGGAAGAGAAAGAGGAUUGACAUGGAGGAAUUAAAAGGCAACAGUAGUGUUACCAUUUCCCACUCAGCUUCUGCCACUGGAAACGUCUCUAUUGAGGAAACAGAUGUUGAUGGAAAAUUCAUCCGCUUGAAGAACAAUUCUGACCAGGAUCAACCUAUGGCAGGUUGGGAGAUGACCCAAAAAAUAAGAGAUACUUCUGCUACUCACAGAUUUACCUCAGGAUAUGUUCUAAAGGCAUACCAAACUGCUACAAUCUGGGCUGCAAAUGCUGGAGUAACUGCUAACCCUCCUACUGACCUCCUCUGGACUGACCAGAAUUCUUGGGCCAGUGGUGAAGAUGUGGAAGUCGUACUGAAAAAUUCUGAGGGAGAGGAGGUUGCUCGGAGAACCACUGUCUUUAAAACACGUGAACAGAGAGCAGCAACAGUGGAAGAUGUGCAGGAAGAAGAUCUUUCCCACCAGCAGAUUGAUAUGCCAGUCUUUUUCAAUUGA